GCGGGCGGGGUUGCAGAAGCGCCAGUCUGGUUCAGUCUGACUGGUAAGUGUUGAGGAGGCAGGACGCUUCAGCUGCCUGACAGUGACCCGUUGCUGGCGUUGGUGGUCGUCCCUUGGUCGUCAUGCCGCCCUCGUGAUGGCGGUGUGGGAUCCCGCGUUAUGGCCCAGCGCCCUCCACGCUUGACAACGCCGGGCCCGUCGUCAGCGUCGUCGUCAACUGACUUUCCCUCCGGUAGCUGUACCGCGGCUGUUGAAGAGCCACUCGUAGCAGCCCUUCGUCAGUUCCGUCGCCAGACGCUGCUGUUGCUUCUUCUGCAGCCUCACAAGUCGUCGCCUCACCACCACCACCACCAGUGGCCCCUGAACCUGCUGCGAGCGGCUGGAGUGGCCAAGCCGUGCCAGCCCCAGGGACCCUUCUACGCAGCGGCUCCAGCAACUCCAGCAGCGGUGGUACUGCUGACGGUAGCGGUAGCUGCCCGUCUGUGCGUGGACCUUCUGCUGUGGGACAAUUGCUGUUUACUGAACGACUCGGCAGCGUGUCCUCUGACGACCUACCUGGUGGUAGCAGUGUGUGGAUACUGGUCGUUGUGGGUGUGUUACCUGGGGAAUCACAAGAAGGGAAGGGGAGGCCCCGGCGCCUCUCGUCUCUGGUCGACGAAGGACCUCCAGAGGGAAUUGUCCUCCUCGUCCUCUUCUGCAGAGGAUCUACCGUCAGCUCUGAGCCUUCUCAGAUUCCCAGGGGACCUUUCAGGUGUCCCUGGUGAGAACACUGUCUUUGGUCUGAACUGUGGGCGCAUUCAGGUGCCCCAAGACUCAGUUGUGGGUGCGGUUGGCGUAGACAGCGCACCGGGGCCGCCUGGUCCCCGCCUGCAGCUCUCUCACCUGUUGGGCGGCGUUCGGGCCCUAGUGCUGGGCGAGAGGCGAAUCAACAUCACCGUCCACGCCUACGAGGAGUCUGAGGGGCGGGCGGGCGGCAUCCGUCGGCGUAGUAGUGAAUACAGCCUCGGGGAAACCGACCCCCCGCCCACCAACAAGAUGCGACGAACGUCUCUCCCAGCCAUCUCCGUACAGAGACCUACAUCAUCACAGUCUUGCGGCGGCGGUGGAGCCAGCGUCGAUGGGGCCAUCUUAUCGGAAGCCCACGGCCUGGUGGCCGACAUGCUCCAGGACCCCCAUCUUCCUCCUGCGGUGGUGUCAGGUCUCCAGGCCCUGUACCUCCUGCUGGCCCCUCCCUCCAACACGGCGCCCUCCCCUCGAGGCCCGAGGCCCGCCCCUUACUUCCACCUCUCCCAGGAUGCCUACGCCUCGGGCUCCGACACCGAGGAGAAUCCUUACACGGGAGAAAGGCCUUCCAUACAUAGGCGGAGUGGUCGUCGCAGCGUGAAUCCAACUCUGCUCCGUCGCAUGAGCACCUCCACCUGGACGACCACGACCAGCGCCACUGGAAUGCCGACGCUGGAACCCGGACCCUGCAGGAAGAGAGCCUCUUCAUUCAGAGCUGUAGUCGAAGAACAAAGGGAAGAUGAGGAGGUCGCGAGAGGGCCAACCAUAGUGAGAAUCACCCCGACCCCACAGCAGGAGAAUGAAGAGGAAAAUACCUCAUAUGUGACGCCCUGCGGCAGCCCGACUCACGCCUGCUGUCUCGAGACGCGGCUAGACCCCAACUCGUCCCCGAAGAACCGGUCCUACUCGACGACGGCGCUCUACCCGAGCAACCGCAAGCCGGUGGUGAGAGAGCGCCAGACUGUGUGCUCCCUCCACCCUUUGGGAGACUAUGACGUCAACCACCUGGACCGCGUCGCCAGGGGCCUCUACGACACGCCCACCCAGGGCGUGGUGGCCUACUCCGAUCGCCUGACGCGCCUUCAGAAGCUCCCCAACCAGCACGUCUGCGACGGCCUCUGCGACGACUGCAGCACCAAAACGCAGACCGAGGCAGCGGACGGGCCCUGCAGCCUACCCGAGGACACCACCACCAAUCUGUGUGAAUGCAAGUGUAGUGAGAAUAACAGAGUGAACAGUGACACGCAGUUGAUGAAUAAUAAGCCAAUAGAGACGACCCGGAAUAGUGACGCUAAUUCCGACGCAACUAAUGCUAAUAUAGUGUAUCAAAGACACGGGUUGCGGGUGGCCACGUCGGACUACGAGAGCUCCGACUCGCCGAGCUCCAUAGAGACCAGCGAGGAGGCCAUUGGGGCUGGCCGCGUGCGGAUAGCGGCGACGGCGGAGGUGGCAGCGGCCGUCGUCGAGGAGGAGCAAGAGGAAGAGGAAGAUACUAACGAGAAGGAGGAUAAAAAAGAACCUCAGCCUAAAAGUAAAUUAACACAGGAGAUUGAGUUGCACGGCGUUAUAGUUUUGGACCAAGACGGGUCGACGUACGACCUCGACAAACUACAAAACUACAACUUACUGAACCGGAUCUCCGAGUGGGAUUACCCCGUCUUCUCUCUCCUCGAAGCCGCGGGGACCUUAAUACUCAGCCAGCUGUGCUUUCGGGUGUUUUGCGAAGUGGGCCUUUUUGAGACUUUUCGUAUUCCUACAAGACAGUUCCUCAACUAUUUCCAUGCUUUAGAACUCGGCUACAGAGAUAUACCUUAUCACAACAGCACGCAUGCGUCGGACGUGCUGCAUGCUGUGUACUACCUCACUUCCCAGCCUAUUCCAGGGUUCAUCAUGUUGCCUCCGGAGCCGGGCUCCCUGCUCGACAAACAUGAGGACGGCUGCGGAUCUCCUCGUCUCAUUCACCGUCAGAGCUUUACGGCGGAAGACACUUACGGCAUCCUGGGUGCCAACCUCCCAGCAUUGGAGCUCAUGGCACUCUACACGGCCGCUGCCAUGCACGACUAUGACCAUCCGGGCAGAACCAACGCUUUCCUGGUCACUACAAAUGCUCCACAGGCUGUGCUAUAUAACGACCGAAGUGUCCUGGAGAACCACCACGCAGCCGCUGCUUGGUCGCUGUUCCUCUCGAAGCCCGAGUUCAACUUCCUGUGUCAUCUGGACAGGGCAGAGUUCAAGCGCUUCAGGUUCUUGGUCAUCGAGGCCAUUUUGGCGACUGAUCUCAAAAGACACUUCGAGAUCCUCGCAGAGUUCAAUGCAAAGGCAAAUGAGCCCGACGCUCCAGGUCUCGACUGGAAUUCCGAGACUGACAGACUGCUGGCGUUGCAAAUGUGCAUCAAGCUUGCAGACAUCAACGGACCUUGCAAGGCUCUGGAUAUUCACACACAAUGGACUGCAAGAAUUGCCGAGGAGUUUUACGAACAAGGUGAUGAGGAAGAAAAGCUGGGCUUGCCCAUAUCGCCGUACAUGGACCGUACUAAUCCUCAGCUGUCGAAACUCCAAGAGUCCUUCAUCAACCACCUGGUGGCGCCCCUUUGCAAUGCCUACGGCGAGGCGGGGCUCAUGCCGGGCGUCUGGCAGGACUCCAACGACGAAGAUGGCCCCACCCCUGAAAUCACCCUUGAUAACUACGAUGAGGAGGAGGACGAUGACCCGCCAACCAGCGAAUCGGACACCGCCACACAGAACAGCGGCCGAGCGCGGAAGAUCUUCUGCUUGCAAACUCAGCAUUUGCAGGAAAACCACCAAUACUGGGUCAACAAGAUCAAGGAGGAACAGCGGGUGGGGGAAGAAGACGAGGAAGCAGAUUCAGGAUCCGAAGAAGAAGUCGUCCUCCAACCCACAGCGGAGGCUAACAACCCCUGUGGGUUCUCUCCUCAGCCCAUGGUCCUUAAUCUCAACAACGGAGAUGAACCCAUGGAACCCAUUGAAGAGGAGAAGACCCCAGCCUCCAUCUCCUCUUCCCGUAGCUUCAGUUUUGAAAAAGAGGACUCGAAACUUUGAUGCCCGGCCUGUGUCAUAGUCUAAUAGUUAGAAUUCUUCCAUUAUUUAUUAUGAAAUAGGCUAUUGAUACAGGUGUAAAUGAAAGUAAGUGAAUUUUGUGAUUAAAUGGAAGAGUUGCCAAAAGGUGCUGGGCUAGAAAGAUCAAAUAAAAGUGAAGGCUGUGGCAUUGCUCGAGUGCUCUGUAUAUGAUGAUGAUAACGUGAAUUCGGUGCAAGCAAGAUAAAUAUUGGAUGUGAAGGUAAAGAAUCACGCGUACGAAAAGUUCCCACGUCUAUCCCUGCAGCAGCAGAUGGAGGCUUUGGGUGCUUGGCAAAGCAAGAUGAAGAGGGAAUAAUGGGCGUCCCUACAACCAUCAAGAGUCACUUGCGUUUCCUUGGAAGAGAAGUUCUCCAGCAGGACUUGGGGACUUCGCCGUGAAGAAAACAAAAAAGAAAAGACAUGAAAGAAGAUAUCUUUGUCGGUCAGGGAUUUGCAGGAAAAGUGACCACCUCUAGAUAAUUAUAGAUGCAGGUCAUCCUAGAGGGAAACAAAAGGACGCUAGAGCAGACUUUUUUUUUGCGAACACCAUGACGGAGACGUAAAAGAGUACUACAGAGAACGAAGAGGUGUGGCGUUGCUAUUGACAUGGAGGUCCCAUUCGCUUGACCUCCUCUCAAGAUGAGUCUACAAGCCUGGCACCGUGACCUAAUGUAUGCGAGAGAGCUUUUGCUGCAUCAAGUACAUUUUUAGCAUUUAAUAAAUCAUAUGCAUUUACCAAUACUAUAAAAAAGCAAGGUUAUAUUCAAUUUUAUGCAGUCGGGACAUUUGUCCCCGAGGUGACAUCCAAGGUUAGGAGGACUCAGAGGUUUACGAGAUGGGAUUUGAGGAGGCUUGGUAGAGGGAGACAGGCAAAGCAGAGUUCCCCUACCAGUUUUGUUUUUUUAUUUUUAUUAUGAUUCUUGUUCCGCUUCCACUCACUAGAUGGAAGCACGAGACGGUUACAAGCACAACACAAAGUCUGGAUGAUGUAGAACUUUUGUAAUAAUCUUGAUGAUGUAGAUAUAAGACAAUUUAAAUAUUUUUUUUUCUUUUUGGAGGAGAUUUAUGUGCUAUACAUAAUAUGGUGUUUAGUGACUGGAGAAACUACGUAAAGAAGAUUCAUUUUCCUCAUCUGUAUAAAAAGUUCCAAUGACUCUACUUCAAAAUGACAAGAUAGCGACGUCCGUCAGUCGCCACGCUGAAAGGCAUCAUUGAAAUUCUUUUAUCCGCCAGGAGAUCUCUCUCGCCGGAGAAUAAUUGUAGUAUACUGCCUUACCAAGAUUUGAUUGCCCGAUGAAAAGUCUUGAGUCCUGAUAUUUGUGGUGUGCAUAGUCAGACUGAUGCUGAUGUUUUCCCCGAUGUUUCUGAUGUUACCAUUCUUCCUGUGGUUAACAUCCGACGCUAGGUUCUUUAUGAAGUCAUUUAUGAAAUUAGAAUCACUUUUUAGUGUUCAGGAAUUCCUUGUUUUUCCAACUAAAAACAAAAAAAGGCUUAUUGUUCAACACAAUUGUUUCUCGUUGAACAUGAGUUGGACUUUUCAGAGACGUUCGUUAUUUUUCACAUAAUCCUCACAAAUCCUUUGCAUAAUGUUCCGGUUUUUCUUUUCUUCGCUGCCAAGAUGUCAAAGUGCUAUAGAUAUGCAUAUACAUAUUAUAUAUAAUAUAUAUUUUCUUCUUUCAGUUCUUGUCAUGUAGGUGUCCGAAACCAACUGAUAUCUUCCGAUGCUUUAUGAAAUCAGUGCCAUACCUUUGCUGAGACUUCCCUGACUUCCUUUGAGGUAUAGACAUUUUUUACUGUCACAUAUAUGUAUAUAUAUUAAUAUAAAAGAAUACAUAUGUAUAACACUUGUGCGUGUAAGAGAAUCUUCUACAUUCUCGAAACUUGAAGGAAGCGGGAAAUGUUGUCAGUACUGAAAUAAGUUAGGUCUGUAUUUUUACCAAACCUUUAGUGUCAGAUAGAGUUAUCAAAGCGAUAUUGUUUUCAUUAUUAUCACUGUAUUGUAGAAAAAAUACAUCCGCCAUUUUAUUGUGAUCUUCCAUUCAUUAUAUUCUCUCGUGAAGGCUGUUCAUGACAUGACUCGUUUGUUGUCUCUCUUUCGUUCAUCUCAAAUGUCACGUAUUGGUCACUCCAAGAUUCAGUCGCUCGCUCUCGUUCCGUCUGCUUCCACCGAACCGGACUAAUCAACUGGCAAAGGUCAGGAGGUGUCGCACCUUGCAACCUUGCAAGGCGGUUGCCGGAGAGUGAGUGAUUAGCUGGCAAAGGUCGACAAGUGUCGUGCCUUGUAAGGUCACUGGUAACAAUACCAGUGCAGGAAGGGAAAGCUAGAGUUGAGCUAAGGUUCUCUGAUCUGCUAGUUAUUUCUAAAGCUACGGCAAGGACCAAAGAGCUGGAUAAAAAUGAUUUCUCAUUCAAAAUCACUAGAAAAGACCUUGCCAUUUACUAUGAACUCACGGUGAUACUUUGAAUUGUAAACAGGAAUCAAAUUGCAACUGGACAAUUCGGUCAGGCAUUGGAAUAGAAAUUAAUUCAAAAGGAGUCUAAGAAUUUCUAAAUCUAACUUAUAUUUGUGUCCACUCGUAUUACUUAGUUACUAAUUCCUUUGUGUACAGGAAUACUCGACUUACUUAUGAUCCUAUGGACAGUAUCCAGUUCCCUUGAUAAUGGCAAUUCCUUUGAUACUGACUGUUAGUGAGUCAUUUAUUUUCUGAAGGACAGUGAGUUUGCUCAUGAAAACAGAGGAUACCUUUAUUAUAAGAAACUAAACUGAUACAUCAAAAUAUAUGGAAAAGAUGAACUAACCCUGGAAGUAUUUCUUCAAGUACAAAAUGGAAUUGUCUCAAUAUCUCUUUGAAUAUUUCAUUCUGAUUUUAUUUUUAUUUCAGAAAAGUGACUAUAUAAGUCUCCUCACUAUUAAUGGGCCUGUUACAAAUAAAUCUCACCUAAUGCUUUGGCUUAAUGAAGCCAUUUUAUUCAUGCAAUAAGCCAUCUCACCGUGUCCUUAAAAUAGAAAAAAAUAUGAAAAAGGCAUUACAUGAUUGGUUGAUAUUCUCAAGGAGAGAAUAUUUGAGGCUUGGUAACAAACAGUAAUGUAUGCACGCUACAUAUAAGACUUUCUCUUUCUCUUACGCACACAGACAAUCAAUCACACAUACACACAAAAUCACACGUUAAUUAUAAAUAAUCUUUGGCCUGUCAGUCACUUAAUUAAGUCUUCUUUCCCACCAUUAUCCCUUCAUUAAUUAAGGGGUAUGUUGCCUGAUGCACCUUCUCCACUGCUACCGUCAAAAGCAUCAUUAGGCAUGGUUUUUUGUUUGGCAAAAGGGGUUUUUAUGACCGCAUGCCCUUGCGGUCAUCAACCACAGUUAUUGGCAGUGGGUCUCGCCUGUUAUUAAAAAGUACGACUGCAAGUCAGUAGUUUCCAUAGUUAUUGGCGGUGGGCCUAGCCUUUUACUAAAAAGUAGACUGCAAAGCAGCAGUUUCCAUAGUUAUUGGCGGUGGGUCUAGCCUUUCACUAUAACGUAAGACUGCAGGACAGCAGCUGUCCUUUUAGUUGCCUUUUACGACACGCAGGAUCUACGGUGGUAGUAUUUUUACACCCCUACCACAGGAUCACAGUCACUUAAUUAUUUAUUUGUAAAUAUACUGCAAUGUAACGAUUAUCCCCUUUGACAAUUUGUCUGCAAUUGAACGGCACUAAUUUUAGAACAAAACAAGAUGUAUAUUCAGUAAUAACAAAUCGGAUGGCUGGAGGUUUUAGAGUAGCGGAAAGGGUAUCCGGGUAUGAUGAUUCAGGAUGUAUAAGGACUGCCCUCUCUCCAAGUAAUUUGAUAAGACUGACAGGUAAUCUUUAACACUUUGAUUCAUCUUCACAUAGUGUUGUAUUACAUUUCUCCUAGUAAGGAUAUUCACAUAUAAUAUUCUCUCUGGAUCAGAUUAUCGUAAUGCUUAAAUUGUGAACCGGAGAGCGUGGGAUAAGCGAAAUCAAUUUCCUUUUCCAGUGGUCUCUGCCAGGACCUGAGUGAGCUGCUCGUGCAGUAAGCGUAAGUCGUCAUCUCGUUACUGCUAACUUGUGAGUGAUCAAUAUGGUGAGGUUUUGAACAUUCCUUUCUAGCUAGAAAGGAGCAAGGAAGGGAUGUCCAGGGCUUUUUAAGAACAUUCAAUUGAACGGCUUUUGUUUUGUGCGAGUGACGUAUAUUUAUCAGUUUCAACAGAAGAGGUACCCUUGUAUAUGGAAUAUUUUCUCAAAUUAUUGUUACGUAGUUGUUCCUUGUAAUGGUAGAGUUCAGUACUCAGAGUAAGGGACGAAUUUGGUGUGCUGCUGGUCGAUAUAUGUAUGAUAAUGAUGGUUCAGAGGCGAUUGUAAAGUCAGCUAAAAUGUUAUUAAGAUUCUUAUUUGCAGGAUAUUUUUAUCGAGUGUCAUACUGAUUCAUUUCUGGGAUUCUGAUGCUCAUCUGUAAUGAUGAUGAUGAUGAUGAGGACGAGCGAGUAUUGAGAUGAAGUUUAGCCCUGGGAUGCCUUCCACCUAGCCUCUCUUUCUCUCCUUCUUCGUCUGACUAACAUUCUAUCUAUCUAUCUAUCUAUCUGUCUAUCUACGUGUCUGUCCAUUUGUCUCUCAGCAAUCUCUAACUCAUCCUCUUUCCUCAUAUGCACCCCCCACCCCCCUCUCAACCUCUCAGUCUCCAAGAUGUGUUUCACAAGUAGCCUUUGAGAUCUCACGAUGACCCGAACCUUCUUUCUAAGACAGAGUAAUAUCAUUUGAUGUGUCAGAAUUGUUGCAGUGGGAUCAUCGCCCUCUGCGAAAUUAUUUUUUUGGUGAUCCAGCUGUAUUUAUGUAUGAAAGUGUUAGCAUAAUAUAUCAAUGAUAAUAAUAAUAUUAAAUAAUGUUAAUAACAAUAAUAAUCAGGUGGAAUUAAGAAAAAAAGUUUAUAUUUUCAUGUAGUUUGAGAUGUUCAUGUACUGGGUUCCAAAUAUCAGUGUGCUGUAUACGUGCUGGAUGAGGGAACUGCUCUCGAGUCUUCGCCGUUCACUUGGGCUUUGCCUUCUGUCUACCGAAUGAUACACUUCCCUUUUCUCGCCGUAGUAAGAAGAGGGAGCGUUCUUUCUCGCUCUCUCUUCCUCGCUCUCCUUCGUACACCUCCGUGUACAAGCGAUAAUAAUAAUAAAGAAAAAUAAUAAACGAAGAAAUGGGUUACAGGUAGAGUGUAGAAACACAAUGGCCAAGUCGACGGCAAAAACUCGCAGAUCGCUUCCUAUCCGAAAUCCAAGCCCUAACACUCUUCAAAAUGGGCAAAUGGCUGUUCGAAAAGCGGGGCGCCGGAAUGAAUUCAUGGCGGAUUGCACUUCCCGCGAUCUCGUGGAUCCUGAACCCUAUCUUUCGAGGAUCCACGGACGUUUUGAACUUUUCGGUGGUUCGCUUUCCCCUCAGCCAUUUCUCACGUCAUCAAGUCCCCUUGAAGUAUGUCACCAUCCCCUUCGCCCCAGGUGUACUCAGUGCUAGAGGGGAGGGAAGCCAGUCUUAUUUAAAGGGGACUGCACCCUUCUGGGGAGGGAAUCUUUUUGGGAGGGGAGAUGUGUACGUGUUAUGUAUUAAAGGAGAAGUACA